AUGCCAGGACAUCACCGCAUCACCCUCACCGCCAAUACUCCCUACUUCGAUGGCAACAAAUCCAAGUACCUGGGCUUUGUGGACGCGUGCACCACUUACAUUGGUGCCUAUCAAUCGGAGUUCUCACUGGACGAGACAAAAAUCCUCUUCGUCCUCUCCUACCUCCGUAAUGAGGCCGGCACAAGCUGCGCUGCCUCAAGAUGGGCGAUGAACUGGAAGCAGCACAAUUUCGAGGGUUUCCAAGGAAUGAAGGCGGGAGUCACCGCGACAACCUUCCUGGAGGAGCUCCACAGGGCCUUUGGAGACUCUAACGCAGAACAAGUCGCUGCUGCCCGACUCAUGGCCCUUUGUCAGGGCAGGCGGUCCUUUGCGGACUACAUCUCCGACUUCGAAAUGCUGGCUGCAGACGCCGGAUACAACGUGGUCACCACCACCAAUGAUCAGGGCGAAUACAAGAAGGGGGAUCAGGACAAUAUCGUCAUCAAGUUUCUUGAGCGCAGGCUCAGCAGCGAGAUUGCGAGCCACCUCAACUGGUGUGUCAACAUCGAGGCCAACGCCUUGCGCGACCAGCUGCGUAAGGCAUCCUAUGCGCACUCGACUCCAUGGCCUCCCCCCCAAUUCCACCCUCAGGCGGCACCAGUGGCGCCCACACCUGCUCCGACCCGGCCGGCUGCCAACGAACCAGUCCUGAUGGAAAUCGAUUGCACCCAUGCCUGCGGCCGCAAUAUCAUCUGCUACAACUGUCAGCAGCCUGGGCACAUUGCGCGGAAUUGUCCGGAGCCCAAGAAGAAGCGCACGUUCUUCAAUCGGGCCACAAUGCUAGAAGAGAUCAAGAACAGGGACAAGGACAACAAGUUCCUCAAGGAGAUUGCCAAGAAGCUGCGCAAAAAGGGUUUUUGA